AUGGCCCAGUCACCUCCUCCUCCUCCUCAGAGCCUCCCUGGCCUCGACCCCUGGGUCUUCUCCCAGGGAUGGGGCUGGGCCCAGCACUCGGACUCCACGUCCCCGGCCUCAUCCUCGGAUUCCUCCGGAUCGUGUCCCUGCUACAUCACCCGCUGCCCCUCGCAGUCUGAGGGCCUGGCCCUGUCCUGGGGGUCCCCGCCCGUUUGUCCCGGACCCCGAGUCUCACCUGAAAACCUUGGGAACAGGAUCGCCAACGUAGAUCCCUGGGUGACACCUCCUUAUUGUCCCCAAAUACAGUCACCCUUGAACCAAUGCCUAGGGAGAGCCCCUGGCACCUCUCACUGGACACCGCCCCAAGCCUAUUCUGGCAUGCAGACAUCUCCAGAGCCUAGGAACAAGACCGGACUCUGGUCACCAUCCACUGCUCCUGCAGAGCUGACUGAAGUAUACCAGAGUCUUUCAGUGUCUCCAGAACCCUGCCUGUCCCUGGAAAGCCCACCCUUCCUGCACCGCCCUUCAUGCCAGAGACUACAGCCUCAACCUCAGUGGGGCUGCUGGAGCCACAAUGCAGAGGUACUCUCCAGCUCCAAAGACCAGGGUUCUAGCCCUGCCUCCCAGCUCCCUGUGGCCAGCCCCAUCCCAACCUCAGGCCUGCAGCUCAGUGGCUACCCUGAACUUUGGCAGGAAGACCUGGAAGGACCCCCGCUCAAUAUCUUCUACUAG